CACUCACUCACUACCUAACUAGUACUUAUGUAUAACAUGCACAUGCUAACAUGAGGCCAUUGUCUAUAAUCACCCCUGGACAGUUUUAUGUGAAUUCAUGCCUCUCAAACUUACAACCUCUAGUCCUUGUGUCUUUUUAUCGGGUCGAAGAUUGGGUCUUGCUGCCAUAAACCCUAUAGCCUUCUGCGCGAGAUCAAAGGCCAUGUCGACUCAACGCAGUGGUCAUCUAGAAAGGACAGCUCAGGAGCCACGAGAUGAGAGUCUUCUGGAUGUAAGGCUCGAGCGUAUAGAUCAGGUGAAUGAGCGAAUUAAGUUAUAUCGUCUCAAACUCGAAUCAGGGCCAAUCAAGUUCUUGGCCGGUCAAUGGCUGGAUACAUAUAUCCCAGGGAACCCCAAACCAGGCGGCUUCACACUCACAUCUACACCUCGCGCGGCUGCCGAUCCCAAGUCUCCCUACCUGGAGUUAGCAGUACAAGAAUCUCCAGAGAACCCUCCAGCGGCAUGGCUCUGGCAGUCGCCGUCUAACAUUACUGGUUCCAAGUUACAGGUGCGUGUUGGAGGAAGCUUUGUCUUCCCACCACCUCAGAUACCCGUCAACGACAUAAGCCAUGUAGUGUUUGUGGCGGGCGGCGUGGGGAUCAACCCACUCGUCAGUAUGAUGGGACAUAUAGCUGAAGAGGGAUACAACCUUGAGGUCAAGGUUCUCUACGCUAGCAAGUUACCUGUGCAGGGUCUCGGGGGUGUUCUUUUUCUGGAUAGAAUCAGAAAAUGGUUUAAGGCAAAUCAGCUUAUUGGUGAUUUGAAAAUGUUUACUACGGGAAUAUAUGAAGGGCAAGUCGAGAGCCGUGAACUUGAUGUUCAUGAAAGGAGAUUCACAUUUGAAGAUGUGAAGGAGGCUGUGGGUGAGAAGAACAAGAGUGUGGUAUAUGUCUGUGGCCCCGCGACGAUGACGGAUGAAAUAGUUGAUGGCUUAACAGGAGACCGGGGGAUGGACAAGAACAGAGUCAUGCUUGAGAAGUGGUGGUAGGGAUUGGCAGCGCAGCAUAGCAUCUGUAGACGAAUAAGCUCCAGCUUACGACUACCACGAAACUUCACAUAUAUCAGUCUAGCAUCGUUAUAUAACAUCUGUUUGGAAUUCACGUCUAGAAACUGUAGAUGAAAGAUCCCA